UCUUUAUGGAUUAUCGAUUCUAUUCAAAGUUGUUGUUAAGGUUUGUUGUUAUGAUUAUCACUAUGAAUAAAUGGUGUAUAGCCAAUUCAUUCAUAGUGCAUGGUAGCCAAAAUAAUCAAACUGAAUGGGUAAGAUAUCCAUAUAAAUCAGUUUAUGGAUUACCAAAUUCAUUGAAUUGUAGUGAAUCGAUUACAAAUCAAUUUUAUGAAUGUGAAAAAUCAUUACAUCAUACUUGGCAAAUUACGGUUGAUGAUUAUUUUUAUGAAACAAAAAAAUUUUGCUGUUUUAUUUGGGAAACAAUGGAUUGUGAAUUGAAUGUUGCAAAAAAAUGUAAUGAACAAUAUUCGAAAAAAUUAGAAUCAAAUACACGAGAAACAUUUACAUCCAUUUGUAAUCAUAUUGGUUCAACAGAUAGUUGGUCAUGUUGGAACCAUCCAGAAAGUGAAAGUUUUGUUUAUGUUGGUAUUUUAAUUGCGAUUUUUUUAUUUGUUCUCGUUGCAUGCCUUGUAUAUCGAAUUUAA